AUGUCGUCCGCAAAUAGCACCGCUGCCGCCCUGGGCGCACGCAUGACGCCCUCUGAGGCGGGCAAGCAGAGGGAGGCCGAGGCCGAAAUCCACGACUUCUUGCGUGAGGCUGGCAAUGCGCUCAAUGCAACUGGGAGUGCGGCGUCAGCGCAAACCAACUCAGCAAGCAGAAAAUCAUUCAGACAACAAGCCAUCGGCUGGAUGUCGCCUUCAAAAACAACACCAUUGCAAGACCCAGACUUACCGAUGCAUCAUUCUCACAGACAACCCCAGCCAACAUCGCGCAUGUACCACCCAUCACCAUCUUCAGUAUCUAGCCUGUCGAGGACACCAUCACUAAUGGACAAUGCCCCGAACAUGCCCCCUCCAGUUGACGACGACUACGUCCCCUACCGACGGUCAAUAUCGCCAGAUCGACCGUAUUCACCCACGCGCACAUCAGUCGACUACUCGCGACCGCCUGCUUCAGUAAAUUCCUACGAGCCAUACGACCUCCAUGGCAGUCCGCGACCAGGCAGUCCUCAGCGGCCAUUGCCACCCCAGCCCCUGUUCACUGCUGGCGGAAGGCCUGGUUCCCGCGAUUCGGAGCGCACCAUGGAUAUGAGCGAUAUGCGCUCGAUACCCAUGUAUGACGACGAUGACCCAUUCACCGAGAUGGGCGAUGACCGGCCAGAGUUGCGCUCGCGAGACUCUUAUUUGACCGACGACACGUAUACAGAUGUCUACACUGAAGUAGACGAGAAGGCGGAGCAUUACGGACCCGCUCCAGAUGGUGCGCAGGCCCGACGUGGUGCGCGAGAUGCAGUCAUGACGAAGAAGGAAGUUCGCCUGAUCAACGGUGAACUCAUUCUCGAGUGCAAGAUCCCCACCAUUCUCUACAGUUUCCUUCCGCGACGAGACGACAUUGAGUUUACGCACAUGCGAUAUACAGCCGUUACUUGUGACCCCGACGACUUUGUGGACCGUGGCUACAAACUACGCCAGAACAUUGGCAACCCGCGUGAGACAGAGGUCUUCAUCGCCAUUACUAUGUACAACGAGAACGAAAUCGACUUUACCCGUACCAUGCACGGUGUCAUGCAGAACAUUAGCCACUUCUGUUCUCGCAUGAAAUCCAGAACUUGGGGCAAGGACGGAUGGCAGAAGAUUGUCGUGUGCAUCAUUGCGGAUGGUCGUGGAAAGGUUCACCCUCGAACGCUGGACGCCAUUGCUGCCAUGGGCUGCUUCCAGGAGGGUAUUGCGAAGAACCACGUCAACCAGAAGGAAGUCACAGCCCACGUCUACGAAUACACGACCCAAGUCUCUCUGGAUUCUGAUCUCAAGUUCAAGGGUGCUGAGAAGGGUAUUGUGCCAUGUCAAAUGAUCUUUUGCUUGAAGGAACGAAAUUCCAAGAAACUGAACUCGCAUCGCUGGUUCUUCAAUGCCUUUGGGCGCGCGCUCAACCCCAAUAUUUGCAUUUUGCUCGAUGUCGGAACCAAGCCAGGUCCCAAAGCGCUGUACCACUUAUGGAAGGCCUUUGACACCGACUCUUCGGUCGCCGGAGCAGCUGGUGAGAUCAAAGCUGGCAAGGGCAAAGCCUGGCUCGGUCUUCUCAAUCCGCUGGUUGCAUCGCAAAACUUCGAGUACAAGAUGUCCAACAUUCUUGACAAGCCAUUGGAGUCGGUCUUUGGCUACAUUACUGUGUUGCCAGGUGCACUGUCAGCAUAUCGCUAUCACGCGUUGCAGAACGACCACACUGGACAUGGACCCCUCAGCCAGUACUUCAAGGGAGAAACACUUCAUGGCCAAGAUGCAGACGUGUUCACGGCCAACAUGUACUUGGCUGAGGAUCGUAUUCUGUGUUGGGAGCUUGUGGCAAAGCGAAGCGAGCAAUGGGUUCUGAAGUACGUCAAGGCGGCCACUGGAGAGACGGAUGUGCCAGACGCGGUUCCCGAGUUCAUUUCCCAGCGUCGUCGCUGGCUGAAUGGUGCCUUCUUUGCUGCUGUGUACUCGCUGCUUCACUGGAAGCAGGUGUGGGCCACUGACCACACUAUCUGGCGCAAGAUCCUCCUCCACAUCGAGUUUGUCUAUCAGUUCGUUCAACUGCUAUUCACCUUCUUCUCCCUGGCCAACUUCUACCUUACCUUCUACUUCGUCGCUGGCUCCCUCGCUGACCCGGAAAUGGACCCAUUCGGACACAACGUUGGCAAAUACAUCUUCUACAUCUUGCGAUAUACAUGCACGCUACUCAUCUGCAUGCAGUUUAUCCUGUCUAUGGGUAACCGACCUCAGGGUGCAAAGAAGAUGUUCUUCUGGAGUAUGGUCAUGUAUGGCAUCAUCAUGGCAUACACGACCUUUGCUUCCUUUUACAUCGUCAUUGUUCAGCUGAAAGACCCGAAAGCCGAGAAGACGAUAGGCUCAAACACUUUUACCAAUCUCAUCAUCUCAACGGCAACCACUACUGGACUCUACUUUCUCAUGUCGUUCAUGUAUCUGGAUCCCUGGCACAUGUUUACUUCGAGCGCGCAAUACUUUGCUCUCCUGCCUUCGUACAUUGCAACGCUCCAAGUGUACGCUUUCUGCAACACGCACGACAUUACAUGGGGAACCAAGGGUGACAACGUGGCAAAGACGGAUCUUGGAGACGCCCGCGCAAAGACAAAGAACGUGGUCGAACUCGAGAUGCCAUCCGAGCAACUCGACAUUGACAGUGGCUACGAUGAAGCGCUUCGUAACCUGCGUGACCGUGUCGAAGUACCCGAGCCCCCGAUUUCGGAAUCGCAGCAGCAGGAAGAUUACUACCGCGCCGUGCGUACAUACAUGGUCGUCAUCUGGCUCAUCUCCAACGCCAUUCUCGCCAUGUCCAUCAGCGAAGCCUACGGCAACCGCAAGGUCACCAACAACUUCUACCUCACGUUCAUCUUGUGGGCUGUCGCUGCUCUCGCCAUCUUCCGUGCCAUUGGAUCCACCACUUUCCUCAUCAUCAACUCGAUCCAUGCCAUCAUGGAGACGAAGCUCAAGUGGCAGGACAAGAUUGACGACAAGAAGAGCAAUAGAACCGGUCUUGGUGGUGGCAGGAAGUAUGGCAGGAACAAGUGGUGGAAGUUUGGUUUCGGUGGCGGCGUGUCAUCCAGCUGGUUUUCGGGCAGUACAAUCUCAAGCAAGCUUAGUAGCAUGACGCCUAGCAACUGGGGUGGCAGCAGCGUUGGACGCUAG